UUUUUUAAAAGUAACUUUCCCCAUGUCUGCUGGCCCAGCCAUGUGUGCGGUUCAGUCUGGCAGUGGAAGGCAGCAUUUAAAUCCAACUCUCUGUCAGUCCAGGGCUGAGCAAGCCUGGGGUUUCACACAGAGUUCUUUCCACAGCAGACGUGCCUCUCUCCCCUGCUGUGUGACCACAACUGAAUGGAAGUCGACCCAGCGACAGGAUAGAGAGCACAUUGCUUGUCUUUGCAUCCAGAGAUUCUAAUGAAACCGCCACGGCCGUAAGGCAUCUCCAGUUGCAGCCCAGAAGGGAAACCGCCCUGCCUUGGUGCCAGCGCUGGAAAGAGUGCAAAGGAUGGCUGACGAGCCGGAAAAGACCGAGGAAGGUGUGGAGAAAAGCUCCUCGGAGCCUUUGGUGCCGGAACUGGAACUCGCCCCCCCGCCCGUGGCGGUCAGGGCGCUGUCUCCAGAGGUGGACGCCCGGUGGAAGGCCGUUUUCUACGAGAGCCUGCAGCCCAGGGCUCUGAUCCUGCAGGAGGCGAGGGUGGCCAAGCGCCACCGGGAGAAGAUGCUGGAGCGCAAGCAGGCGAAGGCCGAGCCGCCCGACCCGCUCUCCCAGGACUGGUUGGAGGGGAGGGCGCUGGGCCUGGAGACCCGGGCCUACCUGCUGGACAAGCUCCUGCCCACCUUGGUCCCUGGGGUGGAGAAGCUGCUCCGGGUGGCGGAGCGGAAGAAGGCCCUCCCGACGGACGGCGGCCCGGGAGCCGGCCGCCUGGACCCCCUGAACUUCUUGGGGGAGUUCCUGAUGAGGCAGAACCCCUCCUACCAGCUGGCCGCCCAGCCGAACCCCUACGUGCGAGGGAUGCAGGCGGUCACCGAGGAGCUGAAGACCCAGGUGCCAGAGACCACGCCGCACAGGCUGGCCGAGGUGAAGGCUCUGGUGGAGGAGAAACGGCAGCAGCGCGAGCAAGUGGAGAAGAUCAAGAGCCGCGUGGAGGAGCUCCGGAAGCAGACGCUGGCCUUGCAGUUCAAGGAGUGGACGCGGGACACCUCCGGGCAGAUCCCGCUGGCGCUGAUCCAAAGUGCUCUGAGGUCCUUUCUGGAGGUCGUCCCUUCGGCAGCCACAGACUCCGAGAAAGGAAUCUACGCCAGGCCUCUGGAAACCGUCACGACGCUGGAGGUGAAGGUGAACGAAGAGGAGUUUGUGGAGUAUCUUCUCUCUUACAUCAAGCCUUUCAGCAGCGACCUAUUCCAGCAGCUCCUCAGGCACCUUCUGCAAUGCGCCAACGACGCCCGGGAUGCGAUCAGGCACGACAUCUGGCGACGGAUGUUCCUCCAGCUCUUCCUGGACUGCGACCACGGAAAGGUGGGUCUCUUGGAUCGGCCCAGAGUUCUGUCCUUACUGGAGAGCUACUACGACCACUCCUUAGAGAGAGCGAGGAAGGGGUGCCGGGACCCCAGGAAAUGGCCCAUCGUGGAGCUGGACGACAUUGACCUCAGCGAGUUUUGGGGAGACCUGAGAGACGACGGGGAGGCCUCCUCCGAGGAGCCCACGCCCCGGGUCCCGACCCCCCCGCCGCGGCGGUUAUCCGAGGAAGCGGCGGCCCUCACCCUGAUCCUCAAGGGCAUCCUCUCCGAGGUCGACGUGGCUGCCCCCGAGGCGAGGAUGGAGGCGCCCGAGGCGGAGGGCAGCGCCACGGGCGAGGGACCCCCGCGGGGACCGGGCGGAGGAGGAGCCCAUGACCUGCGGUUGCCCACCACCUUCCCAGCCGGCCAGCCGGUCCCCCCCAGAGGAGCCCCCCAGCUGAUCUGCGGAGAGCCCUGGUCCGGUGAGCUCCCGGCCUCUGACCUCUCGUUCAAGUACACCGAUUACGGCAAGGAGGUUCGGGAAGACUGGGACAACGAGAACUCCAGGUUUCCAGACCUGCGCAUGAACAUGAUCGAGAUCCAGGCCCGGGGUCCCCCUUCUUCUACCAGCGCCUUCGAGAAGGAUUCCCUCAACCUGCCACAGUUUGUGCAACUGAUGGAAACCUUUGUAGGUGAACAAGCGUCUCUCCCCGUCCUCAAGAAGCUGGUGCAGUUUGUGAAGGAGGGUUACGUGCAGACCGAGAAGGAGAAGAUCCAUCAGUUGGAGAGGGUGCGCCAGAAUUCUUUUGUAGCGUGGCGGGAACUCCUCCUGGCAGCCCUUUUUGAGAAGUGGGAUAAUGAAUGCUCCGGAUUCCUAGACAUGAAAGAGGUGGACGCUGUUCUCUCCACUUUUAAGGAAGGGAUGGAGCAGGAGGCCUUGAACAAAGCCAAGCUCCAGCUGCCCAUCCCUCAGUGGCACCCCAGCGGGGUCGUGAAGUUGACCCAAAAGGACUUCCAGGCCUACGUCGAGCUGGUGGUCUCCGAGCUGACGGGAAACGAAGACGAAGUUCUGGACAACAUGGUGGAGUUCCUCAUGAUGGCGGUGGAGCGCACGCAUCAGGAGCGGCUGCGCGGGAGCGCCCGGAGGAAGUGGCUGCUCCAGAUCGAGCAGGCGGCCAAGACCAGCGGGGGCUGCCCGGAGCCCGUCUACCAAGCCGUCUUCAAGGCCCUGUGCCGGGACGCGGAUGCACAUGGAGACAGCAAGAAGAUCAGCGCCUCCAUCUCCCUUUUGGAAUAUAACCUCAUUGUCCCAGCACGGGGAGAUGUUCUGCUCCGCUAUGUGGCCUGCACAGAAGACGAUGCUCCUUACGUGCUAAACCAGACACUUUUCAUGGACAUGAACGGCGUCAGCUUUGCAGCGGCAUUAGAAGACAAGCCGAUUCACGUCCCCAGAGUUCAGCUGCAUGGAAAUGUCCACUUCUGGAACCACGAUCGCCCCGUGAAAGAAAGGAAAGGCUCCUUCUUGGUCCUGCCCUUGGAGGAUAUCCGGAGAAGAGUCUUUGGUGUCCUCGGCCUGGACACCCUCCGGGACAAGAGCGGCCGAGCCCUCUUUGUCCCCCACGAAAUCCGCUUCUAUCAGGGAGUUGCGAAUAUGUUCAGCAGAGCCUAUCACCACCUGCGCACCCGGGAGAGCCUCGUGCAGGUGAUCUUCACAGCCCUGGAGUGGCUGUCCGCCCGGGCGCCCGCCCUCCGGAGCAUCACGGCGUACUUUAUGGAGCCUGGCGAGAACCGGAUGUACGAUUACACCCUGCGCAAAGCGUUGAGUUCGGAUUUGAAGGGCCCAGUGGACAUCCCUCCACCUCCAGCACCCGUGCUGAGUAGGAAGGAAAACAACUUCUCCAGAGGUUACCUCUUCAGGUGCAUAGACUCUUCUCUUGUGGUUGCCGCACACGCGUAUCAGGAACAUCACAUUGCGGUCCCGCUGAGGAAUCCGAAGGGUCAGGCCAUUCUGGUUUUUGACCUCAACCUAGGGCCCCGGGAAAGGCUGCCGUCUUGUGAACACAAAGACCUCCAGAAGAUGCUCAAGAUGGUGCAGGCUGCCACAUGUGAGAUUCUGAAGGAGGACAGUGGCGACCUGGAGCCGUACUACGUCUUAGAGGCGGAGUACGUAGGGGACUGGAGGCGCGGGGGAGUCCUCUUCUACCGAUUCAUGCUGCAGGAUUUGCAGAACUGCAUCUGGAAUCUCGACCCGUGGCUAUGCUUUGGGGAAAUUCAGUGCUUUCAACAGCCUCCGCCCCUGGUGCAUACCAUACUGAAGAGCGUCCUGUUGGUCCUGUACCCACAGUGGGCCGGUACGGAGGAGGUCGAGAACUGGAAGUGUUGCAUACAGAAGUUUGACGGAGAACUGAUUGAAAACAUUUGCUACUUUGAUCCAACAGCCGCCUAUGUGGUGGUUCGGCCGGAAAUCCUGUACGCUUGCCUCCAAGGGGCACCUAGAAAAGCCGUGUGGCAGUUCGGCUCCGCUGCCCUAGAGCACCUGUUCAACUGGACGCAGACCUGCCUGGCUCUAAUUCAGCUGGCCAAGAAGCUUCAGCAUCACGAGAGCAGCGCUCCUUCCUCCUCGGCCCUGCUCACUCCCACCUUGUCCCGAUCCCUGAGGUCCUCACAGAUCUCGAGCAACCCAACUACCUCUCUUGCUUAAAUCAUCGGUGGCCAGUUGCCGGAGAAGGCAAACGGGAGGUGCUUUGAAGGUCCACCUCUCCUUCCUGCGCCUCACUCAUCAGAGCCCUUGUUGGUCCAGAGGUUCACUGUAAGCCCUCGCUAACCCUAUAUAUAUAUAUUUUGAAGAUCGCCUGCUGGUUUUACGUUUAAGACCUUGGAGACCACCAUCCCUAUCAAUGUCUGAUGUUUGUAUAAACGUGGCUUUUUAAAAAAUGAAAUGACACUCCUUACACGUCGAGCCUAGACAUUUCUGACGGUCACUGGGAAACAGGGGACCUUAAGAGACCAGGUGGCUUGUUCUUCACUUCCGUUUAAUUCUGCAAAGAAAAAAAAAACCACAAGAGUGGAUGGGGAUUAGAGGAGAAAGAAAUUACAAUAGCGUACCUCCGGUUUUACAUAGUUCAUGGAAAUGAUUAAAAUGAACAUCCAGAAGGAAGAAAGACCUCCAGACCUGGGAGGGUGCCUUUGAGCAGCAGAAAUGUCUCUUUCUGGCGUCCCCCCCUUUUUUUUCUUCUUGGUUUUGUUUAAAUCAUUCACAACUGGACAGGCUGAAGAAGAGAGCGCUUGUGUUUAACUUUAUUAAAAGAGAAAACACACCUGGAGGCUCGUUUUACAAUCGGCUUCAGCUUGAGCGGACAAAAAACACUUGAGCGCUCCGAUGCGAGAUUCCAUCUUUGCCAUCAUUUAUCUCUCGAUGGAAUCUUUUUUUAAUAAAAGUCCGGGAAAUUAAAACUGUGUCCCGGCCCCACCUUCCGUUCUUUUUAGCCGACAAAAAAA